AUGAGAACCGCACAGUCCACCGGGGCGACACGGAAAGAGGAGAACCCGUUUUCGUUCCGGCAUUUCCUGAAGCGCGACCUGUCGCUGCCGGGCACCUCGACCUACGAGAGCACGGGCGCCCGGCCCAAGGUGUACGCCAGCACCGUGCAGCACUCGCCCACGCGGCCCGACGCCGCGCGCGACCCCCAAGCCAAAGAGAAGAGCGCGGAGCCCCGCGCCUGUGAUAGCACGUCUUCGAAUCACCCCGGAGAGGUGUCGCAUAGUGUAGUGGACAAUUCCGAGUGCGAGCGCGAACCGUACGCGGAGCCGCAGCCGUACCGGGCCGGCCCGGAGCCGCCGGGCAUGCCGUCGCUGCCCGACUUCGUGCAGGACCACAUACUGGUGGAGCAGGCCUACCUCAACUCUAACGGGCCGAUAUCAGUGGAUCUGGACAAUCUGCCGGAUUUUACUACUCGGCCCCCGCCCGCGCCCGCCGCCCCCGCCCCCGCCCCCGCCGCGCCGCUCGACCUGCCGCCCGGCGCCGAGGGCGCGCCCGCCCCCGACGUGGCGCUGAGCCUCGACCUCACCGAGUCCGUGAACCCCGCCGACCGACGGAACGUGUCUCCUCGAGGCACGUUUCCCCUGGACCUGCCGCCCAACGCUGGAGCAGAGUCCAUGCGGCUGCCGGACUUCCUGCCGGUGCACCCGGGCCGCACGUCCCCGGAGCCGGAGCCAGACUUGCAGCCCUUGCUGCAAGAGCUAGAAAGGACUAGAUCGGAGUUGAACCUGGAGCGGCGGCAGCGGCUGCGGCUGGAGGAGGAGCUGCGCACGCUGCAGCAGCAGCACGCGCAGGCGCAGGCGCAGGCGCUGCAGCAGCAGCGGCGCCGCGCCGCCGACGCGAGGGCCAUGGGAGACGACGCGUAUCGAGAAUCGCCAGAAUCAGAAUCAUCGGUCAAUCAGUUGAGGAUACAAAUCAGGAGGCUCAAGGAGGAGCUGGCGGCGGCGCAGGCCGAGGUGCGGGCGCUGCGCGGCGGACAAACUAGUGCCGCCGCCGAUCUGCGCUCCGCCGCCGACGUGGCCGAGGCCUCGCUCCGUGAUCUGCUGGCCGGCCUCGAGCAGCUGCGGAGCCUCAGCCGCGCGCUGGAGCCCGCGUGACGCCGCUAGUGACGCCGCUAGUGACGCCGC